UCGUUUUCUCUACAGCCGCAAGAAAUCAUCUCGGUACAGUGCUCGAAAUCAACCCCUUUUGUUUCCGUGCAAUUCAUAGGCUUUUUCCCUUGUAGAAAGAGAGGCCCGAACUUGGAAACCAUUUCCCCCGAAAAAAUUUCACUUCCCCCUCCACCCCUUCAAAUUCCUCGCGCCCUCUUCAAAAACCCAUCCAAAAUUAUACAGAAAAAAAAUCCGUGUCCCUUCGUUUCAUUUCUCCUUCUCUUCAAUCCCCAGAUCUCUCACCUUCUCUCUCUGUCUGGAACCAAAGCCCUCUGUAGCUUCAAUGGCUCUCGUUGAGAACCCUGCUGUUGAGAUAUCUGCCGCUGAGAUUAGCAGCCAGAGAGAAGCGAGCUGUAGCCAGAACCCUCCUCUCUCUCUCAAGAAGAAGAAAAGUGCCAAUAAUCCUGGCGUUGAUGUCAAAGGAGCGCGGAUCUGCGAUUCUGAGAAUGGCAAGACUUGCCAUCAGUGUCGGCAAAAGAUGAGGGAUUUUGCCGCUUCCUGUAAGCGGCUAAAGAAGGACAAGCUGUGUACUCUAAGGUUUUGUCGCAAAUGUCUUUUGAAUAGAUACGGCGAAAAUGCGGAAGAAGUGGGGAAGUUAGAGAACUGGAUUUGCCCCAAAUGUCGCGGCGUUUGCAAUUGCAGUUUUUGCAUGAAAAAGAAAGGGCUCCAGCCAACUGGAAUACUAACCCACAUCGCCAAAUCAAAUGGGUUCAGUUCAGUCCAUGAGUUAUUGGAUAACAAAGGCGCGAAAAAGUUGGAGCCCCAGAGUACAGAAUUGAAAUCUGCCAUCUCUAACAAGGGCUCUUCGGCUUCAAAAAGAAGUCAUGAUAAGGAAAGUCAACCAUCCGAGAAGCAUGAAGCUGGACCAAAAGAAGAGGGAUUGGCAAAAAAAUUAAAGUUAGGGAAGAGUAGCGUUGAUAAAGAACAUGGCAAUCAAAGUCAUGGAAAUGUUGAAUCCAAUCCUUUGAAAUGUGAUAACAAUGGUAACAUGAGAGUAGAUCACUUAAAGAAAGUUCGGAAGUCAAAGAAACUUGCAGCAAAAGCCCACAAUAAAACUAUCAGAGAAGACAUUGUACUUCCCCAAGGCAGUCCAUUGAUUGAGGUUUCUGGCAUUGAACUGCUAGUGCAGGACGUUGGAGCUGCAUUGCAGUUCUUGGAGUUUUGCAAUUCAUUCUCUGAGGUUCUUGAUGUAAAGAAAGGGCAGCCUGAGUGCAUUCUCCGAGAUUUAACUAGAGGGCGUCUCAAGCGUCAUGGAACAUACUCAACUCAUGUUGAAUUCAAUAUCAAAUUGUUGUCACUAAUGGGAAUGGACAUGAAAAAAGAGUAUAGAGGGGAUGCAUGGUUGCAAGCACUUAAAAGUUGCAUAGAGAAAUCUGAAUUCAACUUGGCGGAAUUGCCUCUGAACUUUCUUGACAAUGGAUCAGCUGGAUAUGAUGCUCUUGAACCAUCAACGAAAUUGAAGAUAUUAAAUUUUCUUUGUGAUGAGGUUCUUUACACAGAAGAGUUGAGGAAUUGGAUAGAUAAAGUGGCAGUAAAAUUCAAAGAAAGAAGGAAAGAAAACAAAGAAAAAGUCCUCGCUGCCAAGAAAAAGGAAAAGCUUUUAAAACAGCAGAUGAAGGAUGAGAUUGCCAAAGCUAUGCUUUUAGAUAGAGAGAGGACUCCAGUUUCACUAGCUGAGUCUGAUAGUCUUGUUUCACAAUUACAGGCGGAGGCAGAUGGAGUGCAUGCUGAAGUUCUUUCGUCUCUUCCACUUGUACCUAAGAAGAAUCAAAGAUUUGAUGCUGUGCGAACUGACUAUGUUGUUCGGGGAAGCGAUCGGCAGAUACUCUGGAAAUUGAACGUCUACAACAAUCGUUCAAACAUUAUACUUCAAGAACUUGAAAAUUGGCAAGAUAAGUGGUUCUUCUAUAAUGAAGAGGAAGAAAAAGUAGUCGAGAAGUAUAUUUCUUCAGUAAGGAAUCGUGGAACGAUCAAGGACAAGGACAGAUCUGAUGAUAUUGAAGAAGAAACAAAGUCCAACUUGUCUGACAAUCAAAGAUCUGAAACUGAAAAUGUUGAAGAAGGGACAAAGUCUGACUCUUGUGACAAUCGAAAAUCCAAAGCCAAUGACGUUGAAGAGGGGACAAAGUCUGACGAAUUUGACAGUUGUGACAAUCGAAAAUCUAAAGCCAAUGAUGUUGAAGAGGGGACAAAGUCUGACGAGUCUGACAGUUGUGGAUCUAAAGAUCCCUUACCUAAAGAGGAAAUGGAAACUUAGAUGAAGGGAUGGAUGGAUUCAAUCCUUGGGUUCUUUUUGCUGUUCUCGCAGCUUUUGAUAUACUGAAACGAUAUCUCACAGAUUUUGACAUAGUGAAGCAAUACAGAUUUUUAUUUACCGAAGCAAUAUCUCACAGCUUUUGACAUACCGAAGCAAUAUUUUUUGGUGAUGCUUGAAUAUUACUCAAAAGUUUCUCACCGGUGAAAUGUAAAACAGUGUAUCUUAUUGUAAAACAGUGUAUCUUAUUGUAAAACAGUGUAAUUUUUUGACAUGCUGCCUUCUGAUUAUUGUUCAUCGGGAAAGGAUGAAGAAAGGGAAUUUUAUACUUGUGUGUGUUUCUUUAUAUGCAAUAUAGUGAAAGAGGAUAUGACUUGCGAA